CCGCGCCUUCGGUUCCUCGAUCUGGGUUUGUCCGCUGGAUUGGCUCUCUCUCUCUCGCUUACCUCUCGUUCCCCACUGCGGAUCUCGUGGUUUCUGGGGUGAUGGCUUGGUUGCAGUGAUUUCGAUGCGGUCGAGCGGGGAAAGAGUAGCGUGCGGUUUUAAUCUUUGCUGUGUCAGUGGGGUGGAGUUCGAUCUAUAUCGGGAAUCCGUUGCUAAUUGAUUGGUUGUUCAGCAAAGGAAUGCCGAUGCUAGGCUGAGUCGAGGUGUUGAGCAUAGCGUGGUUAGGAUGGUAGGAUUGUGGAAGUUGGAAGUACAAUUUUGGACUAAAGGCACGUUGUCCUGCUUUUAGAAAGCAUGUAUGCCUUUGUGUUCUAAGAAUCUGGAAGUAACUUUCGAGAAAUCUUUUCUCCUUGAUAGAUUGCAAAGCUCCAGCUUCCUUGUGCUGGGAAUUUAGUACACUAUGCACACUGUUCACUGUUCAGGAUGUUUGAGGGCAUUCAAGAUGCUCGAACUGCUGAUGAUGCAGUGAUGCACCUUACAUAUCUGUAAGUGGUGAAGCCGCAGAGUCAUCCGCCGGCUUCUUCCUUGCUGAUUGCUGUGUGGGAGCUUCAAAUGAGGCCAGUGAUAGGUGCUGAUGGUCGGUGAUGCAAACUGAGAUCCUGCCAGUAGUCAACUGAUUGUCCCUUAGUUUUGUUGAUGUCGAGAGAGUUUUCCUGCAACACAUGAUUGCUUCUGGUGUCAGUGAAGGUUUAAAUCCUAGCAAGAUAAAUAUUCUUAGAACUGACUACAGUAACCGUUUGUACCAUGUUCUUAUAGAUUCCCCUACAGAAGAUAUUGGUCGUUUGCACAGGAUUUCUGCUUCACGAGUCCAGGAAGAACAACACUGGCAUCAAGCAAGUCAUAUUCAGCAGGGAACAGCAGCAUCGUUUUGAUCUGCCUUUUCGCAGGAUACUUGGCCAAUUCAUAGUGGAAACUUCAACUUGUUCAAGGCCUCUCUGUUCACAGCAGUACAUCAUUUUACAUCCUUGGAAAUUGUGGAGCGAGCCUACUUGAGAAUGCAAUGUAGCAGGAGUCAUUAGUUUCAGUAAGUCGGAGACUUGCCCUGGAGCUGCCAUACUCGGCUGCAUUGGCCUUUGAUAGAUGGUUUUUUCUCAGACAUCCUCUCUGGCAGUAAAGCUUGCACAAGGACCCAAGCUCUUUACUACAAAGACAAUUCUCCCCAUGGAUCCCCCGGGCGUUGUCUCCUCUGAAAAUGCUGAAUAUGAUUUCUCUGAUGUUUUUGGUUCCAGUCCAGUCGAGACAGCAACAGAACUUUGUGUUGUUGAUCCUGACAGCCCUGCAGCUCCCGUUGAGUCCCCUGAGGAGGUUUAUAAUGAUCCUGCGGUCAUCUUCAAGCGGUCACAUUCUCUUGUUGGUCCAUCAUCACUUGUUAGCUGCUCUUUGGGACUUGGCAAGCUCACUCUAAACAUAGCAGAUGGAUCAUCAGAACUUGUAGGUCACACUACAGAAGAAAAGGAACUUAACCUAGAGCAGUUCAGUGAUGAAGAGUUUGGUGAUGCCGUGACUGAGGAUGAGGGUGUUGGGCUUGAUGACUUUGAAAUCUUGAAGCUUGUAGGCCAAGGGGCAUUUGGCAAAGUCUUUCAGGUGAGAAAGAAGGGUACUUCAGAAAUAUAUGCAAUGAAAGUCAUGAGGAAGGACAAGAUACUGGAGAAAAACCAUUCCGAGUACAUGAAAGCUGAAAGAGACAUACUGACAAAAGUUGACCAUCCUUAUGUAGUGCAGCUGAGGUACUCCUUUCAGACCAAAUAUCGACUUUACCUUGUCCUGGACUUCGUAAACGGGGGGCAUCUCUUCUUUCAGCUCUACAAGCAAGGAUUAUUUAGGGAGGAACUUGCACGAAUCUAUACGGCUGAGAUUAUAUCUGCUGUAGCCCACCUCCAUGCUAAUGGGAUUAUGCAUAGAGAUCUUAAGCCCGAGAACAUCCUAUUGGAUGCUGAAGGCCAUGCCAUGCUAACUGACUUCGGCCUUGCGAAAGAAUUCCGUGAGAACACCCGAUCAAACUCGAUGUGUGGCACUCUCGAGUAUAUGGCCCCUGAAAUUAUUCAGGGCCAGGGGCAUGAUAAGGCCGCAGAUUGGUGGAGUGUAGGAAUCCUCCUGUUUGAAAUGCUGACGGGCAAGCCCCCGUUUGUUGGGAACAGAGACAAAGUUCAGCAGAAGAUAGUGAAGGAGAAGUUGAAGCUUCCUCCGUUUUUGACUAGUGAAGCUCACUCACUGCUGAAAGGAUUGCUGCACAAAGAGGCCGGCAAGCGGCUGGGAACCGGACCUGGCGGCAGCGACGAGAUAAAGAAGCACAAGUGGUUCAAGCCGAUCAACUGGAGGAAGCUGGACGCCAGGGAGAUCCAGCCGAGCUUCCGGCCCGACGUCGCCGGCCUGACCUGCAUCGCCAACUUCGACGUGUGCUGGACCAACACGCCCGUGCUGGACUCCCCGGCCGCCACCCCCGUCACUGCCGGCGGCGGGCAAGGCAACUUCGCGGGGUUCACCUACGUCAGGCCCGCGCCGUUCCUCCAUGACCUGAAGCCGCCCUCGAGCUCUAGCUAGGCUGCAAGGUUCACUCUAGUGCGCCCGAAACGGGUGUGCGCAAUUUUGAUCUAGUUCAUUCACUGAACCGCUGUGUUCUAUGGCCUGUAUGAUGUAUAGAUUCUUGUGCAUCUGCUUUACUUGCGGCAAUGAGAAGUUGGAAACAGAGAGCAACUAGAGAAGUUGAGAA